ACCGCUCCCUUGGGAAGUGAAUCCGACAGGAAGGUGGCCAGCCGGGCUGGGUGGUGAAUCUGGGGUGAGCCAGCCCAGACUUCCGCGUGGGGCGUGCCCUUAGGGUGCCCGGGGUCUUCCAUGGGUCUCCUCCUCGUGUUCUGAUCUCUGUCCGCCCUUCGGUGCAGCAGACACCCGCAUUUGCCACGAUGCUCUCAGCCAGUGACUUUGCAUCUGCUUCUUGGGAUCUCGUGGUCCGAGUGGACCAUCCAGAUGAAGAGGAGCAGAAAGACGUCACCCUGCGAGUGUCCGGGGACCUGCACGUUGGGGGGGUGAUGCUCAAGUUAGUAGAGCAGAUCAACAUAGCCCAAGACUGGUCAGACUUUGCCCUUUGGUGGGAACAAAAGCGUUGCUGGCUCCUGAAAACGCACUGGACCCUGGACAAAUGUGGAGUCCAGGCAGAUGCAAAGCUUGUCUUCACCCCUCAGCAUAAAAUGCUUCGCCUCCGCCUGCCGAACGUGAAGACGGUGCGAUUGCGAGUCAGCUUCUCUGCUGUGGUGUUCAAAGCUGUCAGUGAUAUCUGCAAAGCCCUGAAUAUUAGAAGACCAGAAGAACUUUCCUUGUUAAAGCCUUCUAGCGACUAUUUUAAAAAGAAGAAGAAGAAAGACAAGAAUAAUAAGGAGCCCUUAAUUGAAGACAUUUUAAACCUGGAGAGUUCUCCAACAAUUUCUGGGCCACCAGUAAGUCCUGGCUUGUACAGUAAAACCAUGACUCCCACGUAUGACCCCGUCAACGGAACGCCGGUGUCAUCCACCAUGACGUGGUUCAGUGACAGCCCUUUGACCGAACAAAACUGCAACAUCCUCGCAUUCAGCCAACCCCCGCAGUCACCGGAGGCGCUGGCUGAUAUGUACCAGUCUCGGUCUCUGGUCGAUAAAACCAAGCUUAACGCAGGUUGGCUGGACUCCUCGCGUUCCCUCAUGGAACAGGGCAUCCAGGAGGAUGAGCAGCUGCUGUUACGAUUUAAAUACUACACCUUCUUUGACUUGAAUCCCAAAUAUGAUGCUGUCCGAAUAAACCAGCUCUAUGAACAAGCCAGGUGGGCCAUUGUCUUAGAAGAAAUUGACUGCACAGAGGAAGAAAUGUUGAUCUUCGCAGCACUGCAGUAUCACAUUAGCAAAUUGUCGUCGUCCGCUGAAAUACAGGACUUUACAAGUGAGUCUGAGGUCGAUGAAGUGGAAGCAGCACUUUCUAACUUGGAAGUGACCCUAGAAGGUGGAAAAGCGGACAACACUUUGGAGGACAUCACUGACAUCCCUAAACUUGCAGAUAAUCUCAAAUUAUUUAGGCCCAAGAAGCUAAUAUUAAAAGCUUUCAAACAAUAUUGGUUCGUCUUUAAAGACACAUCUAUAACCUACUUUAAAAAUAAGGAACUUGAAGAAGGAGAACCAGUAGAAAAGUUAAAUCUUAGAGGCUGUGAAGUUGUGCCAGAUGUGAAUGUAGCAGGAAGAAAAUUUGGAAUCAAGUUACUAAUCCCUGUUGCUGAUGGUAUGAAUGAAGUGUAUCUGAGAUGUGACCAUGAGAAUCAGUAUGCCCAGUGGAUGGCUGCCUGUAUCUUGGCGUCGAAGGGCAAAACCAUGGCAGAUAGCUCCUACCAGCCAGAAGUCCUCAACAUUCUUUCCUUUCUGAGGAUGAAAAACCGAAACUCAACAUCUUCUGUGGCUUCCGGUCCUGAAAACAUGGACAUGAACCCAGAAUGUUUUGUGUCACCCCGGUGUGCAAAAAAACACAAGUCUAAACAGCUGGCAGCCCGGAUUAUGGAGGCCCACCAGAACGUGGCCCAGAUGUCCCUGGUUGAAGCCAAGCUGCGGUUCAUUCAGGCAUGGCAGUCUCUACCCGAAUUUGGCCUCACCUAUUACCUUGUCAGAUUUAAAGGAAGCAAGAAAGAUGACAUUCUGGGAGUUUCAUAUAAUAGGCUGAUUAGAAUCGAUGCAGCCACUGGGGUUCCAAUUACAACGUGGAGAUUCGCCAACAUGAAACAGUGGAAUGUAAAUUGGGAAAUCCGGCAGGUGGCGAUCGAGUUUGACCAGAACGUCUCCAUUGCGUUCUCCUGCCUGAGUGCAGAUUGCAAGGUGGUGCACGAAUACAUCGGUGGCUACAUUUUCUUGUCCACCCGCUCCAAGGGCCAGAAUGAAACACUGGACGAGGACCUGUUCCACAAGUUGACGGGCGGUCAGGAAUGAAGCAAAGCUGGCCUGCUGGGCCUACACACAGAGGGCAAGCCAAAGGCGGUCCUCCCCGGACAGUGGGAUCCGUGGCUUGACUGUGUAUAGAUUCCAGACUGACAGACAACGUAUAUUCACCACCACCACUCA